CUACUUUCAUCCUGCAUCCUGCUUGUUUCUCUCUCUUGAUUCUCACCAUUCAACGAUCAAGGCCAGAGUCACAGAGCUCUUGACUAUCACCACCACGCAUCCAACUCCGUCUCAUCUGGCCUUGCUGGCCUUGAUCAUUCACACCCCUCGGCCCCCUCCCUCCCUUUACCACCCACUCGUCCACCACCACCAUGUUGUCCCAGCCCGUAUCUCCAUUGCCACCACAACACCACCCCAACCCCAUGGCCGAAGAGGACACCGCAAAAAUCCUCGGCAAGAUCAUCAACGAUGAGAUCAAUAUGGACAAGGACUUCACCUUCCUAGCCGACAAGGAACUCUCCAAUACCGACCAACAAGCUUCUGUAGCCAUCCCAGAUACCGGCCUCAAGAAGAACCUCCGUACAUCACCCACUACCGCCAACGGACACUCCAAUGGCCAUCGCACCCCAUACCACCGCGCCCCGCCCUCCGACGUGAGCUCACUGCGCAGCGAAGACGCCGUGACUGCCGAAGACGGAGGCAGCAUCCACAAUGUCGUCAUCGACUUGGGCGACGACGGGCCUGAUUCGGUACCUCGCAUCUUGACAGACGGCAAGGAACGCCCGGCAGACGUCGACAUGGGGCAUGCCACACAUCUCCAGGCCGUCCGGCACGGGGUGGAGCACCGGUUUGUGCCAGGCUCUCCGAGGGGCGACGACAGAGUCCACGAACACGAUCUGCCAAGGGGGCCUAGAGGCGAUGCUCUCGACCGUCAGACGUCCGACAGCCAGCAGGAGGGGCCCACAGGUCAGGGCGCGGGUCAGCAUGAGGAGCGCCUCAGCAACAGUCUUGUCGAGGGGCAGCAUGACGACUACACCUACCGACGCAGCCAGGAGUUCAACGACGGUCAGCCCAAGGCGUUCAUGCACACCGACGUCGCUCCUCGUGAAGUCGACGAGCUUGGCCGCGAGACUGUCGCUAUUCCCGGUGUCCACCCGCAGGAGCCACCGGGACCGCAGAACAACAUCGAGCUCACCCCUCGCAUUGUGCACCUACAGUUUCACAACGUCGAGAACGACCUGGGCCAAAAGGCCAAACAGGGGCUCGUCGUUUCCCCUUAUGGGGAGCGCGAGUUCGUCGAGACGCCUAUCAGUGGCAUCCUGGAGACCCCGGACGGCGAGAAGCGUGAGCCGAUAAAUCAGUCCGAGCUGGACAUGGAGUUCGCUGCGCAUGGGAUAGGCCGUAUCCCUCCCAACGUUGGCGACCGCGCCGAUCGCAAGUGGGAUGACCAGGGUUGGGAGGACGUCGACGAACCAUCACAAGACGGCGGGCAGUGGCGCACAGCCGCUGGCGCCAAGGUCGGUGAAUCAAGUACAACACACCAUCACCCGAAGAAGCCUAGAAUGCGGAAGCGAUUCACCGCAAACGGGCACUCUACGCCACACGUGCAUACACCAGGGGACGUCUCCUCGUCGACGCAUACCGAGAAACGCCAUGGCGGUACCGGUCUCAAGCUCAUGAACCAGUUCCGCCGCGGUGGCAAGAACAGCCACAUUAAGCCUGCCAAGGUCGACGUUGGCGCGCCAUCAAUGACGAAUGAGAUGCUCGCGGGGCAGCUGCCGGUGAUGAUCCUCAAGACGUGGCUGGACCGCGAUGACGAAGGUCACCGCGCCGUCCCCGUUCUUCUCGGCAACCUCCGCUUCCGCAUCGGCGACUCGGUGAGCAUUCGCAACAGCGGCCGCAACACCGGCAAGGAGCUGUAUAAGAUCGAGUGCGAGUACGGUGACGGCGCUAUCAAGUGGGUUGUGUACCGCGACGUGCGCGACUUCCUGUCACUCCACACACACUACAAGACUGCCAAUCUGGGCCACCGCGUUACCCGCAGCAACGUGCGACAUGUUGACAUUCCCGAUUUCCCACGUAAUGCUCUACCAUACUGGGCACGCGAUACACAGACGGCACUCAAGAAGGCGGCUGAGGAGGUUCAAGACGCUGAACGGUCUAUGCGGCACUCUGAGAAGGACAAGCACCCGCAGCCACGCAGACAGGACUCGGGGCCUGUCAUUCGCGAUUUGCUGCAGCAGUAUCUCAUCGACCUCAUCCGCGCGGUCAUGUUCCGCCCCGAGUCGACGCGUCUGUGCAUCUUCUUCGAGCUAUCAGCACUGACUGUCGCUCUCGCACCCCGUGGCGGCUUCCAGGGCAAGGCUGGCUUCCUCAAGCUGCCUUCAACUCAGGUCAGCCGGAAAAGCAACCAGCCCGGCCUGCUUCCGAGCAAGUGGAAGAUCAGCCGCACACCAAAGUGGUUCAUCGUCCGCGAGUCGUACUGCGUCGCGACCGAUGGUCCCGCCGAGACGGACAUCUACGAUGUCUUCCUGAUUGACACCGAUUUCACCAUUGAGCGGCCGAAACGCGCUUACCGCAAGGGCCUGCAUCUGCUCUCCCACAAGUCGUGCGUCGGCAGCCCCUGUUUCACUGACAGCUCCAGCAAGAGUGAGAUUCCGGGUGAGGAUCCCGAGGCUCACGAGGCGCACGACGAGAGCGGGAGUAACAAGAAUGCGUCGCAGCACACGUUCUACAUCUCCAAUGCCCAGCGCCGCUUGAGGUUGCAGGCGAAGAAUGCUCGCGCGAUGCACCAGUUCAUCGUCUCGAUGGAGCGUGUCGCUAUGCAGUGUAUAUGGGCGGGGCGGAACCGCUUCGACUCGUUCGCGCCUAUCCGUGUAAACGUGGCUGCGCAGUGGAUGGUCGAUGGCCGCGACUACUUCUGGAACCUUAGUCGCGCGAUCAACAUGGCCAAGUCACGCAUCUACAUCCACGACUGGUGGAUCUCGCCCGAGCUCUACCUCCGCCGGCCAGGUGAUGAGAGAUAUCGACUCGACAACCUGCUCAAACGCAAGGCUGAGGAAGGCGUGCGUAUCUUCAUCAUCAUUUACAACGAGGUGUUGGCCAAGGCCACGCCCGUUGCGAGCCAGUACGUCAAGCAGACGCUCACGGGCCUGCACCCCAACAUUAUGAUGCAGCGCUCGCCCUCGCAUCUGCCCAACGGGACAUUCUACUGGUCACACCACGAAAAGCUCUGCGUGAUUGACGAGACGAUCGCGUUCAUGGGCGGUCUCGACCUAUGCUACGGCCGCUGGGACACGAGCCAGCAUAUCCUCACCGACGAGGACUUUACCGCGGAUACUGGACCCAACGCCCCCGUCUGGCGCGGCAAGGACUAUGCAAACGAGCGCGUCGCCGAGUUCAGCGACCUCGAGAAGCCGUUCGAGGAUUCGAUCGACCGCCACAAGACGCCGCGCAUGCCGUGGCACGACGUGGGUUUGUCGCUCGUCGGACAGCCGGCACGCGACCUCUGCCGCCACUUCAUCCAGCGGUGGAACUACCUGCUCCGCAUCAAGAAUCACACGCGCAAGAUGCCGUUCCUUCUCCCGCCUGCGGACUUCACCGAGCGCGAGCUCAAGGAUCUCGGCCUGCAGGGCACGUGCGAGGUGCAGAUCUGCCGCUCCGUCGGCCCGUGGUCGAUGGGCACCAUGUCCAAGAUCGAGCACUCGGUGCAGAAUGCCUAUGUGAAGUCCAUCCAGCUGUCCGAACACUUUGUGUACAUCGAGAAUCAAUUCUUCAUCACGUCGACGAUCGUGGAUGGCACACCCAUCGAGAACCGCAUCGGCGAUGCUCUCGUCCAGCGCAUUAUCCGCGCACACCGCGCAGGCGAGAGGUGGCGUGCCUGUGUUGUCAUCCCACUCCUGCCUGGUUACACCCACCCCGUCGACGCGAGCGAGGCGAGCUCGGUCCGCCUCAUUCUCGAGUGCCAGAACCGCACAAUCUGCCGUGGCACACACUCGAUUUUCUCGCGGCUCAGGAAGGAGGGGAUCAACCCCGACGACUACAUCAGCUUCUUCUCGCUGCGCGGCUGGGGCAAGUUCGAGUCGGGCGCCCUCACUACCGAGCAGGUGUACAUCCACGGCAAGACGAUGAUCGUCGACGACCGCCUCGUACUAUGCGGCUCGGCCAAUAUCAACGAGCGGUCGCAGCGCGGUGACCGCGACUCGGAGCUGAUCUCGGUUGUGCGUGACACGGACAUGAUCGACGGCACCAUGGCCGGAAAGCCGUUCAAGGUCGGGCGGUACGCGCAUACGCUGCGUAUGCGGCUCAUGCGCGAGCAUAUUGGCGUCGACGUCGACGCGAUCGAGGAGGACGAGCUCAUGCUCCGCAAGCCGGUGGCUGAUGUUGAGGACGUCGCGCUCUGGGACCCAGACAACGAGCAGGACGAGCGUAAGAUGGGCCGUGGCAUCUCGCGGAUCAAGAAGAGCACGGCCGGCAGUAGACUAAAGAUGACUGUGUCGACGGCCGUGCGCGGCAUCACCAAGGGUGUGGGGGAAAACAUCCGGAAUGACGUGCACAAGACCGCCGAGAAGCUCAAGCAUCCUGUCGCCGCCGCUCAGGGCGAGCUUCUCAAGAACACCCAUGUUGGAGAGCACGACGGCCCAGGCGGCGGCCCCACCGGCGACACGAGUGAGCGGCAGGACGUCGGCCUCGACGGCAAGGUCAUCCAGGGCUUUGCAUCCUCUGUCGUGCCCACGCUUGAGGAGCGUGCAAUUGCUGCCCGCCGACCGACCGAGCAGACGGAGCACGGCAAGCCAUUGCAGGACAUGGCAGACGAGGGAGAAGGCCCAGAAGAGGCCGAGGUGCACCCCCAGGACGAGAAGGCUGUGAACGAGCAGCCGCGCACUGAGAUGUACGGCGAGCCGGCAAACGCGAUUGAGGGCGACCACGACGUGCCGCGCGACGAGCCGACCAUGGCCGAGGACCACGAGGCAGUCAAGGCGCGCGGCGUGCUGCGGAAACACUUGAACGCCAAACCCGGCAUGGGGCCGUGGAACAUGCCGACGCCGACGCCCAAGAUUGACGCCAACAGAUUCCACGACCCGCUGGACGACACCUUCUGGAACGACAUGUGGGUCGCGACUGCGGUCCACAACACGCAAAUCUUCCGCAAGGUGUUCCGCUGCAUCCCAGACGACCUCGUGACAACGUGGGCGCAGUACAAGGCGUUCGCGAACCACAUGGACAAGUUUGGGCGGACGGAGAUCGCGCCGCCGGACGCGAGUGGCUCGGGCACCAAGGUGACGCACGACCAGGGCGGCGACGGCGGCGGCACAGUGGGCCCCGUGGGCCAGGACGCGCCGGACAGCGGCAAGGCGAUGGACGGGAGCACGCAGGGGCGGUGGGGCGCGACGGCGCCGCCGAGCAACCUUGCCGAGGCGGGCAACGCCGUGCUCUCGGCGGUGGGCAGCGUCACUGGCGACCGCAAGUCUGUGGGCGGCAAGAGCGUGGGCAGCGAUGCUACCGCGGGCGCAGCUGGAGCUGGUGCCAGCGGCCCCGGCCCCAAAGGCUCGCCGAAGGUGGAUCAAAAGGAGGCGGGGGAGCGCAAGCCGAGCGGGGAGAACGAUGCAUGGGAGCAGUGGGAGAUGGAGGAGAUGGAGGCGCUGCUGAACGAGACGCGCGGCCACUUGGUAGUGUACCCCACGCGGUUCUUGGAGGCCGAGGAUAUGGCGAACAACUUCCUGUUCAACCAAGAGCGCAUCCUGCCGCUCCUCAUCUACAACUAGGUUUAUCUCGGAGAUUGGCAUCUUGACCGACCUUGACAUACCGCCCAUCACGAUUCCCGGCUAUGUAUAUUGUGCGGACAUGGCCGGUGCGGAGUGAGAUGGCGAGAUACCGAGUCCGCGGCCGGCGGCUGACAUAAGGCAUGGGAGGCAGGUGGGCAGUUCCUGAGGCGGGGGGCCUAUCUGACCGGGACUGGCGAGUGGUCGUGUGCGAGGUGUGCCGGAUGGCCGGAAACACGAUAAGAACAGCCGGCUUGGCCGUGCAGUGACCCAGUGUCACGUACUGUACAUCGACUCAGUGGGACCUGCUGGCGGCCAAGAGGCGGGGGAUGUGCACUGCCCCCGCUGUGAAUGGCUGCAUGAAUACGAGCUGCCCCACCGACGUGCUGGCAAGAAACUGGAGCUCGGCGGGGCUGAU